UCAUCAACAAUUUUCACAAAGCAAUUUACAAACAAAAAAAACACAAAGCUAAAAGCUUUCCAAUUAAGAAGAAAAAGAAAGAGAAAAGAUGAGUUCAAGGAGCAAAGCAUGGUUAGUGGCAGCAACCAUCGGAGCCGUGGAGGCCUCCAAAGACCAAUUAGGACUAUGCCGGUGGAAUUACCUUAUUCAAUCUGUGAAUCAACGUAUCCGAAACAACGUGAGAUCCGCUGUUCAGGCGAACAGGUUCUCUUCUUCGUCCACCGCCGCCGUUGCCUCCUGUAAGGAUGGUGACAAAGCGAAGCAAGCUGAGGAGUCUCUCAGGACGGUUAUGUACUUGAGCUGUUGGGGUCCCAAUUGAUGAAGACAGAUCUAAGAUCUUUUUCUGUUUUUUACCGUUGAUUGGAUCCGACAGGUUGAUUCACAAGUUAAAGAUAUUUGUACAGAAAGUAGAGAUGAAUAUAAAAACUUUAUGAUCAUGUUACUGGAAAUGAUAGGAGGUUCUAUGAUCCAUUCUUUCGACAUAUCAAGCUUGUCCGUUGUUUUUACUUUCGAACUUGACUAUAUAAGUUUUACAUUAGAUAUCUAU